UCUGGUUUCUAUCGAAAAUCACGGACACAUUUCAUUCCUUAAAAAACAAACACUAAAACAACAUAGUUUCGGAGACUAAAACAAAAAUGAUGGCGUUGGUGAGUCCUAGUACAGGGCUAAGGAAACAGGUUUUUCCAAUUGACUACGAAACAGAGAUGUCGCAGCGUCUUGUUGAUGCAGCUCAUCGUGGUGACACGGAUUCUGCCAUUGAAUGUUUAGCGAAUCCAUUGGUGGAUGUUAACUUCAUUGGAACGGUCAUGUUGAAGUCCAAAACAAUGGAGAUCGUGCUUCAAGAUGAGUCACCUCAUCGAGUAAAUUCAGUGUAUGAAGAGUUCAAAAUCGAGGUCACUGCUCUGUUUUUGGCUGCACAUUCUGGAAAUUUGACGUUAAUUCGUAAACUACUGAAUGUGGGAGCUAAUGUAAAUGUGAGAUUGUUCCGAGGCUAUGCUACAACAGCAGCAGUGAGGGAAGGCCAUUUGAAAAUAUUGGAGGUCCUUAUCAAUGGUGGGGCGUCACAACUUGCAUGUGAAGAGGCUUUACUUGAAGCAAGCUAUGUGGGACAUGCAAGAUUUGCUGAACUACUGAUGCAAUCCAACAUGAUCCGUCCUCAUGUUGCAAUACAUGCCCUUGUCUCUGCUUGUUGCAGAGGAUUCACUGAGGUUGUUGAUGUACUCAUCAAGCAUGGAGUGGAUGUUAAUGCAAUGGAUAGGACUCUGCUUCAAUCUUCAAAGCCAUUUCUUCACGCUAAUGUUGAUUGCAAUGCAUUAUUUGCUGCUGUGGUCAGCAGGCAGAUAAAUGUAGUUAGACUACUGUUGCAGGUUGGUGUAAGGCUAGAUACCAAGGUCAAAUUAGGAGCUUGGUCUUGGGAAAGAGAUACAGGAGAAGAAUUUCGUGUAGGUGUUGGACUAGCUGAGCCUUAUCCAAUCACAUGGUGUGCUGUAGAGUAUUUUGAAUCAACUGGUACUAUACUCAAUAUGCUUCUCUAUCACCUCUCACCUAAUAGUUUCCACAUUGGAAGAACUCUCUUGCACCACACCAUCAUGUGCAACAAUGAAAGAGCAUUGAAUAUACUUUUAAGUAAUGGUGUGGAUACAGAACUAGUAGUGCAAACUACUGAAGAAACCAAUGUACACCCUAUUCACAUGGCUGCGCGACUUGGGUCAUGCAACAUUCUUCGGUGUUUGAUUAAUGGUAAGUGUAACUUAGACUCACAAACAAAGUUUGGUGACACGGCAUUGAUGAUUUGUACAAGGAAUAAAAAUGAGAAGUGUCUAAGAGUUUUAGUGUCAUCAGGAGCUGACUUGGGGAUAGUAAAUUUGUCUGGUCAUUAUGCAACUUCAAUAUCAAGUUCUAAUCAGUGGACUCAAGUUUAUCAGAAAGCAAUUCUGGAUAUAAUUAGAUCCGGAACAGGUGUUAAAUCAAGUAAUGCAUCUAGAUUUUCCGCUUUGUUAUUUGUCACUCGCGCGAAUGACAUAGAGGCUUUGAAAAAGCUCAUAGAAUACCGGAAUAUAAAUCUAGAUGAACAAAAUGGAAAUGGACUUUCAGCUGUCAUGAUAGCUGCCGCAGAGGGUAACGUGGAAGCUUUCAAGGUACUUCUUCAUGCUGGAGCUGAUGUAAUCAAUCUUAAAAACAGAUAUGGUUUGACAGCUCUAAAUCUCAUAGACUUGAACCAAAAUGGUGAAAAUAAGGAAAAUUUUCACAAGGUGAUGUUUGAAUAUGCACUUAAAAAGGGAUGUCUGAAUAUUAGUACUUUAACCGAGCCAAAUCCUCUUCACCGUGCAGCUUGUUAUGGAGACAUAAGCAUUGUUGAAAAAUUAUUAAAAGAGGGCUACUAUGAUGUGAAUGGUUUUGAUGGAAAUGGAUAUACACCAUUGAUGUUAGCAGCAAGAGAAAGUAAUGGAGAAAUGUGUGAGAUUUUGAUAUCUUAUGGAGCAAAAUGUGAUGUUAAAAAUGAGAGGAAUGAAACAGCACUUUUACUUGCAAGAGAAAAUAACAAAGGAAAUGAUGCAGAGCGUGUGAUACUAGAUGAGUUAGCUAGAAGAGUAGUGUUGCGUGGUGCAUGUGUGAAAAAACAUACAAAAUGUGGUAAAGGGUUGCCACAUAAGAAACAAUUGGUAAUGAUUGGUGCUGCUGGAAUUUUACGUUGGGGGAAAUCAAAUAAAAGAAAUGUUGUUUGUAAAGAGGCUGAGGUUGGACCAAGUGAAAGAUUUCGAUGGAACCGUAGGAGGAAGUUUGAUGUUGAUGAGUUAGGAAUGUUUUAUGUUGUUACUGCAAAAAAUAAGGAGGUGCAUUUUGUUUGUGAAGGUGGGGUUGAAAUGGCUGAGUUAUGGGUAAGAGGGAUUAGAUUAGUAACAAGAGAAGCCAUUUUUGGUUCUAGAGCUAAUACUGGCUGAGGGAAUAUGGUUAUGGAUAGAAAUUCAUGGACAAGGUUGGAGAAAAUACUUGUGGUCUCGUGCUAUAUGUAUCAAAGUUCCUUUUGUUUUGAACAUAUAAACCAAGUUUUCCAUGUAUACUUCAUACCAUAGUCAUGUAUAAUUGACUUUCUUUGUUGUAGAUUUUAAUUUUGUUGAUAUCUUCAACUAGGUGCGUAAGAUUAUAAAUUGAAGUACAAUUAGAGUGUAUGUUAGGAAUGUGAACGUUGAUUAGAUAAAAACGAUUAAGGUGAUAUUUAAA